CUCCGCCCAGUCUCUCACUCCGAUUCUGCCGCUGCAAGAUGGCGGCUGCUCUGUGCGGACAACUUCCCCCCACCGACCCGGGGCCCUCCCCCGCCACCCUCGGCGAGCAGCCACUGCCCGGCCUGGAGCCCGAGGAGGUCACCCGCCGCCUGGAGAGCACGAGGGGAGAGCUGGAGAACCGCCGCAAGAUCCUCAUCAGGAACCUACCGCAUGACUGCAGCAGCCAGGAAAUCCAUGAUUUGUUAAAGGACUAUGAAAUCAAAUAUUGCUACGUGGACAAAAAUAAAAAAACAGCUUUCAUCACUCUGUUAAAUGGCGAGCAAGCACAAGACGCCAUUCGGAACUUCCACCAACAUGCUGUGCGUGACAAAGACAUUUUUGUUCAGUUGCAGCCGACAGACGCUUUACUAUGCGUUACCAAUUUGCCUCCACGGCUCACUCUUCAGGAAUUUGAAGAACUGGUGAAAGGUUAUGGCAAUGUUGAGCGUUGCCUUCUGGUAUACAAUGAACAGACCGGUCAUUCCAAGGGAUAUGGUUUUGUUGAGUACAUGAAAAAAGACUCUGCUUCUAAAGCCAGGUUGGAGUUACUUGGGAAAUCUGUAGAGGGAUAUACUCUCUUCGCGCAAUGGAUGGACAUUAACCAGCUGACCAUUGAUCUCAUUCAUUCUAAGUGCCUGUGUGUUCAGCUUCCCAAGGACUAUGGUGAUUCCGAGGAACUAACCCAACUGUUCUCAUCUGUGCACCAACCAAUAUUCUGCCAGUUGGCUGAAGAUGAAGGCACGUGUUUCGGUGGUUUUGCAGUAAUUGAAUACGAGUUGCCAGAGCAGGCAGAAGAGAUAAGAAACGCUAUGGAUGGAGUGACUGUUAAAGGAAGCAAGAUCCAGGUGUCAUUCUGUGCCCCAGGCUCUCCAGGAAGGAGUACGUUGGCAGCGCUAAUUGCAGCUCAAGGGAUGUUACAAAAUAACCGGAAAGGUUUAUUACCAGAACCCAAUCCUGUGCAAAUCAUGCAGAGUCUUAAUAACCCAGCCAUGUUACAGAUGCUCCUUCAGCCGCAGCAGCGAGGGAGAUCAGGGAAGCACGGUCCAAAUUCCGGACGGCCACCCUAUGUCAAUCCAACCGUCAGCCAAGCACUGUUACAGCUCAACAAACUACAUCAGAAGACCGGCAUGGGGAAUUCUUGUAACGUAAUGCUACAGAAUUAUUCUCAUUUACAGAUGGCACACCAGCAACUCCUGCAGCUUAAAAACGCCCAAUCAAAUAACAGUAAACCUGGGUUGCUUGGCGAAGCGCCAGUCUCCAUGUUACAAACGGCCAUGGGGACAGCACCGCAAGGAUCGCCGGAGGCAUCACAGCGGGAAGCGCAGAAAAAUAUGAUGCAGUAUUACCACAAUCCGCACAUGGGAUCAGUCUUACCCCGGAUAUCACAUGACAAGCAAUCUGAAGGCUCUACAUCCCAAGCCUACAUCCCACAGCCUGGGUCCAUGCUUGCCGGUAAAAAUCUUCCCCAGAGCCAGGCCAACAGCUCAGAGUGUUCCCCGGUGAAUAAGGCAAAUACUCAGACCUCUCUCCUUGGUGAGCCACCAAAGGACUUCCGUCUUAGCACCAAUCCCUACCUGAACCUGGCGAGUGUACUGCCCGGAAACACUUUGGCAGCUCUGGGCUCUCGGAGUCUGCAGCAGUAUGCAAUGGAUGGAUCAUCCACUCAGGAAGCUGCCGUGCAGCCGGUGUUGGAGAGCUAUUUUAACUAUAGCCAACAGUAUGGUGACUACUCACAGGAAGCUGCUCAGCAGUGGUAUGAUCAGUAUUCCGCAUACAACAGCUCACAAUCUGCUCUUCAGACUGAUGAAAGCCACGAACAGCAAACGGCAGAGUCUUACACACCGGUGACUGAUGGGGAGAAUUACUAUUACCAGUCCUGUUCUUCAGCAGGAUAUGGAGAUUAUGGGGCAUACGUGCAAGCACCUCCCACAUACUAUGCCAACGCCCAAGGAACAUACCAGGCGGUGAGCACAGAAACCGCAGAAAAGACCAGCACCAGCGCUACAGAGAAGAGAACUUACUUAAUGGCUACGCCAGAAGUCACAGCUACUGAAUAUGCUAGCCAGUAUGGCCAGGGCACUGCUGACAAUUACAGCGAUGCAUACUUCAAAAGGAAGAAGGUAUUUUAGCUUCAGUCUAUUUGCUUAGACUACCAUCUUAAUGGCUCCCUCCUUCCGCCGUCACCCUGCAAGCCAUGUAACGUGGCCUGUGAACCCCCUUUGUGUAUGCCUACACAAAUAUGAAUUCUCAGGCAGAAUUGUUCUACGUGAAAAGAUAUAAAUCUUCAUGAAAAUUGUAGAUAUUUUCUACUCUUAGAUCUUGGUAUAUAACUUUUGAUUUGUUAUAUUCUUGCUACAACCUGCAAAAGUCUAAUUUUUCUUUUGUAAAUAUUAAGCAAUAAAGUAUGAUAAAGAGUUCUAAUUUUACAUGUGGUUCCCGCUGGCCUAUAUUCGCCCACUAAUGUGCAUGCAUUGUGUAUGCAGAAGCAGUCCUGGUAGAGCUAAGUGCAUGAACAGUUUUCCAAGUUCACUUUUUUUUGUGUUGUCAUCUACCCUGCUUUAUAAACCAAAUGUAAACCUAGUGAACCAGUAUAUCAAUAGUCCAUGAAAAUCCUACGUGUAAAUAUUUAAAAUCUAAACACCAAAGAAAGUGAAUGCCUCCACACUGGUUUAAUAUAACAUCCGAAUGAUAUUACGUUAAUAUUUUAUUAGAGAUUAUUAUUUCCUCUACCCAUAAGUGAUGCCAUGAUUAGCCAGGAAAAAAUGGUUUCCAACAAUGACCAUUGGUUUUUAAGUGUAUCCAGGCUCCCUGCCCUGGUGGUGGUUAGUGGGUUACUACUCGCCCCUCGUGAAGGAAUAUGAGCUUCAAAUUGUGAUUUUUUUUUUUAUACACUUCUGGGAUUAAGCAAGAGAGAGAGAAUAGUGUAAUACAUCAGGGCUGGACAUUGCUGAGUGGAAAUUCACACUGACUGCAAAGAUGUUCAUUGUAGCUUGAAAGCAGCAGCUUAACAGUGGCUGUACUACAGACUCUGUGCCACCAGCCCUUCCCUAGUCUGGUGACCGAUCACAAGUUACUCUUGUCAUUAACAAAUGUACAGGGAAAAUGGAUCGUAAAGGUAAUCAGUGAAGACAGGGGACCAAUACUUUUAGACUUGGAGGUCCUGUUACAGGAGGGCUGCUAACCUAAAAGUAGAAGCGGCUUUUAGGACUGACUCGGAGCAGUUUAAUACAAAUAUACACAUUUGCCACAACACUUACAAUGAAAGGUUUUCAUUAAAAUCUGUGACUUGCAUGUCAUUGACAUUCAUUACAGAUGAGGAUUUGGCCUUUCUUGGGGAACGUGAGACUAAUAUGGUUUCCCAGAGACCUGGAUAUCAUCCGAUGUAGUCACUGUUUUAACUUUUCAUCUGACAGGGCUCCCAUCCAGCUCAUCACUUACCUGAGUACGCAAGCUUCACAUGUUUUGCUACAGAUGUAAUUUUUAAGGUAUAUGGCAGAGCACGCUUGAUCCCUGUAUUGCUAGCUCUUUGAUUAACCUCAUUUUAUACUUUGGUCAAUUUACACAACUAGUUACUGUGUAAAACAUUUCAUGAUCACAUAGUUUCUCAGUAGCUGUACAAAUACACUGUGUCCACAUAAUUGUAUAUUACCAGAAAUUAAGAGUCUCCUGGAACAAAGUCCUGAAACCUCUGUGGGAAACCAUAUGGACUCAGCCUACAUAGAAUGGCACUCUACUCAUGAGUUUUACGUAAUAGUUUAUACAACCUCACUGAUCUAUUACAGAUAGCAAUACAUUUGACUGUUCCAUUAAACCCAUAUAUGCUUUCACAUUCUUUUAACAGCGGCUUGCUGGAAAGAGGCUUAACCUCUUCAGAUACCUUGUAAGAUCCAGAGACUGACAGUCAAAUUUUGCCUUGUUUACGAGGUUGUGCAAACAGUGUCUUAAUGAACUGUAACUACAGGUUUUUUUUUUUGCACCUGUAUUUUAUAUCUAGUUCACAAUUUUAUUUUGAUUUGAAAUGUAUUCUGGACAUAGUUUGCAAUACCAGCCUUCUUAUGAGACUCAAACUGGAGUCUAAUGUAACUGACUUUUUACAUUGAAGAUUUAAAUAGAACUCUUGAGUGCUUCCAGUCCUCCAGUACAGGUUUUGGGAUACGAUUCUCCCUGCUCCCAUGUCAAAUCCUCAAAACCUGCAUUUCUCUUCUGAUUUUUAAAAUACGCUAUCCUAAAGGUUGUCUGGUGUUUUUAUUUAAUUUUUUUUGUCUGCUCUUAGAAAAGGUACUAUUGAACAGGAAUGUUAUUUAAAAAUUAAAGCACAUGUUUAUUGUAACAUUUCUAUUUAGAGAUUAGUAGCUUAAAUGUAUUUUACAGUAACUUCACAAACAGCGAAGAACAUUAAGACUUCCUGCAUAAUGUCGCUCUCCGUAAUAUGAGACUUGCACAAUAAACUGCUUCAUACACAAUCUAGACUUCGUUUUGGAACCUAGAAUGUCCGGUGUUUGGCUGAGUCACUGUUUGGCUUUUAAUUUGCAGGUAAAAUGAUGACUAGUCACUGUAACAAACUGAAUUCAGUUGAUCUGAGUUCACAACCUACCUGUCUAAAUAAACACUUUGAUUAAAAGGA